AAAUAACUUGCUUACCUUUCGGAAGGCACCAGCUCUCCCCAGUUCAAACCAUUCUGUUGCAUCAGCUUGUCUGUUCAGGAACAGUGCAUACAAGAUGGGAAAAGUGUGUUUUGUCCUGUUUACACUACUAACAGCUGCUGCUGCAUUCUUACCUAAUAGUGAAAAAAAUGAUGAUCCUUUUCAUUAUGACUACAGAACACUGCAGGUUUCUGGUUUGGUCGUAGCUGGUGUUCUUUGUGCAGUAGGCAUUGCUGUCCUGCUAGGUGGUAAAUGCAAAUGCAAGCAGAAUAAGCAAAGAAGGAAUGUCUCCCAAGGGCAACAGCUUGUAUCCUCCAAAGCAGGUUCUAGCAGUUGCUAAGAGAGAGAGACGAGCAUUCACUGUCAGUUCCUGCAUUUGUUGGAGGACAUGGCAAAAGCCCUAUUUACCUAGCAAUCUUUUCUUGGAUUUGGGGCACUGUACUUCAUCAGCAAGGAGUUCCACUUUCUGGAAUAAUCUGGGAUAUUUACUGAUGGACGUGUAAUUAAGCACAGCCUGUAUGCAAACGCCAUAUGAAUCAAAAUAUAUUUUUUAAUUAUGUAUUAGUUUAGUCGGUUUACUUAUAUGCUGGUACACGCUAAGACAUUUGUCUUAAUAGCAAAUAUGAAAGCAAAUACUCAUUAAUGUGAUGUAUAAUAUUGUUCCUACUAGCUGCAUAAAAGCAGUAAGAAGAUUAAUACCAUUAGCCAAUGUUUUAUUAACUGUAAAGGAAAAAAAUGUGACGAACGAUUUUAUUACUGGUGAAAUAUUUAACCUGUUUAAUUAAACAUAACAAAGGCAGUAGUGAGAAACAUUGAAAAGGAACAGAAAAGCUGUGCUGUGAUUAUCUCUAGUCUUUUAGGUUACCAUGUCUCUGAAGUGGAAGAAAGAUCCCAAAGGGUACAUUUUAGUUCCAGUUUGUUGCACACCGUACUUCUGUGGGGGAAAAUUCUGUAGUGCUUUAUUUGACAGCAGUAACUAUAUCCAUAUGAAAGAAUAUUAUAUCAUAUCUUUGAGGAUGGUUUCUUUUGUAAUCUUUAUCAUUUCAACAACUUCCAUCUCAGAUGUCUUCUAGCUAAUAAACUACAGUACGCCACUAAAAACAGCACUAAUUUAUAAUAAUUAGAAUGUAUUAACAUUGUUUUCUGGUAGGUCAUUCUGCAGAUUUUUUAUGCCAAUACAUGGAUUUUAAGAAAAGCUCACACACAAGUUUAAAUGAUUCUGAAAUUGUCCCUGACAUAUAGAAUUGUCUAUGCAGAAUUAUAGUAGAGCAAUUGCUCUUUAAACAUUUAAGUAUCGGAGAAUUAGAAAUAAAUAAUUAAAUGACCUGAGAUAAAUGCUUUCAUAAGUAACUGCAAACUCGAAUUUUACUUGACCUGUAUGAAUACUUAAUAAUAGUGAGGGUUAAAAACAAUGCAGAGAUUUCUAAACUGGGUGCUAUAUCUUCAGCUCCAUUGUAUUGUGGCACACGGGCACAGGACUUAAUGAUAUAUGCAGUUUGAAUUAUUUCCACUCAUUCCUUUCUUCCAUCCAAACAUGCACACAAAAUAAGGACUAUAAAGCCUACAAAAAUAAUUAAAGUAAGAAAAUCUGGAAAUUUGCACAGCAAGCAAUUCAAUCAGCAUUGGGAACACUGAUAAAAUUCAUUAUUGUGUGCAAAUGGUAUAGAUGUGUAGUUUAGUACAAGAAAAGUGCCCGUAUUUUGAUUAAAAUAUAUUCUGUUUCUUUCCAGUUUUUUUUUUUUGGUCUUGACUUAUUGGCUUAUUCUGUCUAAUACUGUGUAAGUUUUAGCUCAUUUGUAAAAUGAUUUAAUGUCAGACAGCAUCAGGCCCUGCCAUUCAAAAAUGUUGAGCAGUUCCCUUUGAAAUGAUUGUGUCUACUUGUCAUCCAUGAUGUGAGCAGUAAUGUGAUUCAUAGAACCAAAUCCCAGUACUGUUAGGUCCAUUAUUGUACACAGUUCAUUUAAUGGCCAGAAACAAUGUUAAACAGACAUGGAGGUUUCCAAGUCUGCUGCCUGAUCUGCAGGCAUGUCAGGCAGUGAUUUAGGUUUUCACUUUCUGUUGCUAUGACAGUGGAUGGGUAUCUUAGCAUAAUAUGCUAAUGUGGAGAAUCCUUGGCCAUAAAUACUCCUAUUGGUCAUAGCACUUCUGCAUCAGCGUUGGAGGAAAGGAGAGGUGUAGCUACAAUAGUAGGUUUGCUUCUACCUAAGGGGGCUCCAUUGUUAGUAGUUUUCCUCAUGAAAAGGAAUUGCUUAUUAAAUUUAGUUGAACUGUGCAUAAGCAGUGAAGGGCAGGGGGUGGAGGGCUCAGUACAGUACACAUUAAGUGCAACUGUAAAGCAAAGUAACUCCUAGGAUGUGUAGCAACAAGCCACAGCCUGAUCUGCCCCUGAACUACACAAAGCCAUCAUCGCUGCUGUGCAAAUAUACCUUCUCAAAACUAGUGUCAGACAGCAUUUUAAAUAUUCCACUACAUACCAUACAAUAAAAUGUAAUUGCAACAGAAAUGCCUAGUAAGGAAUGAUAUAGCACAAGUAUUUUAAAAUAUUAGAAGAAACAUGCAUAAAAUCUAUUUGCAAACAAGCAACCAUUUAUUUUCACCACUGAUAAAAAACUGUCAUAUGACUAUUAUGUUUUUCUGAAAUGCAACAAGGAAAACAUGAAAAAAACUCACUAUGCAAACAAAUGAUCUGUGUUGUGUUAUACUGCAAUCCCACUUGUCGUCUAUAUGCUGGGAUCAGGAUAGGUAUAUAUAAAUAUAAUAAAAACCAUGGCUAUAAUUGUUAAAGCAUGUAAUGGGGUCAACUACUACCUUAAUCCCACCACAAAUGGCAAAAGUGGGGAGACUGAGUAACUUAAUUUCCAGUGGAUUCAGGGGGUGGAAGCCCCCAUCAUAUUCCACUAAAAUCAGUAGUGUCUUAGAAAUAAUGUUUGGCUAUAACAGGCAACUUUCUUAUUGUAUUUUUCAUAUAUUUAAUGUGUUACUUUUGUUACAGCUUGAACGGGCACCCUCUCACUUGUUUCAAAAUUAACAGAUUUUUGUAAAUGACAUUAAUGCCAGUAAUGUCAGUCAUCAAGUUUUCAGCUCAAACUGUAUAAAAAACAUUAGGAGCUACACUUAUCCACAGUCGCCCCAUAAAUUAUUCAUUGACACCAAACAAUAUGCAGUUGGAAAUGUGCUUGUAAACUGGGUACAAUCCCAAAAUACCAGGACUACAUCAAAAGGAAAUAUUGAAUAAGAAUGUCUAUGUUUAAUUAGCUACUGUAUACUAUAAUUAAAACUACAUUAUAAUAUGGUAUUUAAAAAUGUAUUACUGGAUAAAUGCUUUGUAGAUUCUUUCUAAUAACUUACCACUAACAGGGAGUUUUGAAGUUGGAUUGGCAAUGUUUUAUACUUGUUGUUGCCUAUGUCUGGUUGUGUGUAAUACCUGUACUGUGCAAUUGCUUCGAAGUAUGGUUUCUAACUGGACACCAUUUGUAAAGCACUUAAACUGGUAAAUGAACAAAUUAAUUAAGGUGUAUAGCAUUUGCUUUCCUGUGCUGCAUUUCCACGUCUUCCAACAAAAUUUCCUUUCUGUAUGUCUACCCUAAGUGAAAAAAAUAAAAAAAGGAGACAAACACUUUCAACUACUUCAUGCACUACAUUAUUCAGCGAAGAUGUGAAAAUGUACAGUAUAAUCUGUUUACUUAAUAUAUGCACAUAUCUUUAACAUCAUUCAUGUUGCAUAUAACAGCUUAAUGUCUGUAAACAUUAAAGGUUACACAUUAUAUGAGGUUAUGCACAAGCUU